AUGAUCCUUAUUGCAUCCACAUAUGGUGCUUUUGAAUUGACUAAAUCAUUGCCAUUUAUGAGUCCCAUGAUUGCAAGGCUAUUAAUAAAAUAUAUUACUGCAACAGAGAUUGUGCCAAGUACUAUUGCCCUUGGUAUUGUUUUAGCUGGAUUAUUAACCGAUCCUGCAGGUGCUGUCGCUGAUUCAAGACCAACAAAACACCACAUGGUCAAAAGUGUUGAUCGCGCAAGAAUUUGCGAUAGUCUCGCAGUUGAUGCUGGAGUGAGUGCUUAUGCAGCGCCACUUGGUAUGAUUGAAGCUGGUGCUUCAACUUAUGCGGGUAUGCUGCCACUUAUUUUGAAACUUAAUAGCUCUAACUCUCUACACUCCAAAAAUUUAACGUCCGAUCAAGCAAUCACCGCUUCUGUAAAGGAUGCCUUACGUUUAGGAUGUGUUGCUGUAGGGUUUACCAUAUACCCUGGAUCUGCAAAAUGUUUUGAUAUGAUAGAAGAAGCACGUGAAAUUAUCGCAGAAGCAAAGUCUUAUGGGCUUGCCGCAGUGCUGUGGUCUUACCCACGUGGUGAAGGAAUCUCCAAAGAAGGAGAAACCGCUAUGGAUAUUAUUGCUUAUGCUGCGCACAUGGCAGCCUUACUAGGUGCUCACAUAAUAAAGGUAAAGCUUCCUACUCAACAUCUAGAGAAGGAGAAGAUCAAUAACAUAGAUUCUUUAUCGCAAAGGAUUGCCUAUAUUAAGAAAGCUUGUUUUGCAGGCAGAAGAGUGGUAGUCUUUUCUGGUGGUGAGUCAAAAUCAAUAGAUGAUAUACUUAAUGAAGCAAAAGAGAUUAAACAAGGCGGUGGAAAUGGAUCAAUAAUUGGACGCAAUACUUUUCAGCGCAAAAAAGAAGAGGCACUAUCUAUGCUAGAAAGCAUAGUAGGCAUUUACGCACAAUAA